UAGAUAGAAUACGCAUGGAAUAUAAAUUACUUCUACAUAAUUUUUUUCAUUCUUUCCUAGAUUAUUAUGUCCGUGAUAUCACCAGUAGUUGCAGGACAUAGAGGGUUUAAAGCCGAUUAUCCUGAAAAUACAUUUGAAGGAUUUGAAAAAUGCUUUGACGCAGGUGCACCAUUGAUUGAGACAGAUCUUUGGCUUUCAACAGACGAAGAAAUUAUUAUCUCUCAUGAUGCAAACACUAAAAGACUUUUCGAAACUGAAGAUGGACAACCAACUGAUUUGAAUAUACUUUAUAGUAGUUACGAGAAAGAUCUUAAGAAUCUCAAACGGAUUGGAAGUAAUGAGAAAUUAGCUACUUUAAAGGAUGUCUUACACUGGUUUGUAGGAUACAUUGAAAACCACCAGAGUUCAGAAUUGGUUUAUCGUAUUAUGUUUGAUAUUAAGAGGCAAAACCCUCCCAAAUUGUUGAAUAAUGUUGUUAAACAUAUGUUGGAAGUUAAAGAUGAUAUUGAAUUUUGGAAUAAAAGAAUUCAAUUUGGAGUUUGGGAUCUUAAAAUGGUCAAAUAUUUGAAUCAAGAACAAUAUUUUAAAGAUGUUUACACGAAAUAUGGAGAACAUAUGGAUAUUUUCCACAUUUCUGUUAGCUGGCAAGAAUCUUUACAAUAUCUUGAAUAUAACAAAUUUCUUGAUUUGCAAAAGACUAGAGAUGGAUUAUUCAAGUUUAAAGUUACUGGUAUUUCAUUCUUGUAUAUUCUGACUUGGUCAAAGGACUUUAUUACUCAUUUUCUCCCACUUAUGAGGGCCCAAAACCUCAAACUUUAUUCAUGGACCAUCAAUACUCAAGCUCAAUUUGACUUUUUAUGGUCUAUGGGGAAAUUAUACAAAUUUAGAGAGUAUGGUAUCAUCAGUGAUCAUCCAAAUACUAUGGCUGAUUACGUUAAAUCAAAACAACCAAAUGAAGUAAGUAAACUUAUGAACGAUCCACAAAAGUUGCAAUUAUCCAAAUUUCAAAAAAUAUCAUCAUUUGCCUUUUGGGUAUUCCUGAAGAUUGCUACAAAGAAAAAAUCUGCUGAUGAAACUCAAUUUGAUACAUUGGUGGAUAGAGAUUUCAUCUCCACUCCGAGAGCGAGUAAGUUAGGUAGUUUUAUAUUUAGCAUUUGCCAAAAAUUUGGAAUUUUUUAGAUAAAUAUUCUUGAAGAAAGGAUAUUAAUAGAAAGGAUAUGAAAUAUAAUGGAAUGAAUAGAAAUAAUGUAAUGGUC